GGUAAGUGCUAACCGUAACUGGAAGCCAUGCAUUUCAAGUAUGGAGUGCAAGAGCAUAGUUUUUCAAUCUGGAUUAUUUAGCAAACAUGGAAUGAAGCUUGAGGGGAAGAUGUACACAAACAUUUCCUGUGCCUAAAAUAUGUAUGUUUGUUUGUUUGUAUGUAUGUAUGUAUGUAUGUAUGUACUUAUGUACUUACUUACUUACUUACUUACCGUGUUUCUCAUAUUAUAAGACAUGUCUUAUAUUUAUUUUUUCCUCAAAAAAACACACUAUGGCUUAUUUUCAAGGGAUGUCUUAUUUUUUUCCUCCUCCUCCUGCCGCAGCCGGCAUUGCUGCUGCGCCUAUCACUAUGUCUUAUUUUCGGGGUAUGGCUUAUAUUCCUUGAAUGCUUAAAAAUCCUGCUAUGGCUUAUUUUAUGGGUAUGUCUUAAAAUAUGAGAAACAGGGUACUUAUUGAUAUAAACUGCCAUAUAUUCUGAGCAAAUUGCUGCACAGUUUUGGAACCACUACAUAUUUGACCCUGCUCUGCAUGCAAUAUGAAUGAAUGUCUAAUAGGUUAAGUACCUGCUUCUUGGAACAGAUUUUGUCUUCUGGUUCUAAUAACAAAAUACAGAAGUCAUUUGUACUCUUGUAUCAGGACCAGAGGACAAAUGAGAUAAAUGUAUCUAUAAAUACGGGUAGCUAGUUUUUUUAUACUUUAAAAUAGAUGUGUUCCUUUCACGUUUUGUGUAUGUGUAGGUAUAGAUAUGUUUAAGUAGAGAGGGGUGGCAAUUUCUUCAUACAUGUUCUCUUUGUACCUGAUGUGACCCAUGUAUAUUGCUACAGAUGGGUAUUGGGAGCUGAGCAGCAACUUACCAUAAACGGUGUAAAUGAAAAGAGAUGUAUUUAACAUGGGUUACUAAUAUUUUAAAUAUAUAAAGAUUGAAGCAGUAAGCUGCUGUACCUCCCACAUAGCAACUCAAUGUGAAUCUAAACAGACAUAAGAUAAAAAUUAGUAAUUUAACAGGUUAGUGUAGUUUGUGUGAAAGUAACUGUCACAACUGAUCCGCUGUGGUUCAAUAAACAACGUGCUUGUGGGCAUGUGUUAAUAAGCUAAACUUGGAUGUCCUGGCUGGCUAUAAAAAGACUGAAGUGAAAAUUGACCUUCAGCACAAGUUGGAACUCCUGUUAUAUGUUUUCUAUCUGCUGCAAAAGAGAAGCUAACCAGCAUUUAAACAUACGAUUCUUUUUCUCUCCCUGAAGAUGGCCAGAGAAGCUAUAUCACUGUGUGCUCUGAACAAGACAUUAAACAGAGUGGAGAACAAACUGCAGACUUUAGAGGGUCAGUUUACAGUGCUAGACUCUAGCAUCCAGAAAUUAACAGAGAAGUUUGAGUUUCAGACUACAGUUAUGGAGCAUCAGUUCAACCAGGAUGAAAUGUGGUCAUCACUGCUAGAAGACAGAUUCUCUUCUGUGGAGGUAAAUCUUUUCUACAGCUACAUUUGUGAAACUAUUCGCUGCUUACAUUCUGAAGUGGUAGAAAUGCUACCAGAUCUGGCAAAAGCCCUUCCUACUCUGUCAUCUGUUCUGAGGCAAAAAGGCAGAAACCAAAGAAUUAGGCUGGCCUGGAAGUCUGUACUGGAGAAACUGGGGCUGCAAGAAGAAGAUGUUAAAGCCCUCUGUGCAUUUUUCAUUACAAAUUGCCACGAUGCCUGCUACUAUCCUGCUGAUCAAAGGCAAGAUUAUGCCAAUGACAUCAGCUCCAUUAUAAACAAUGUGGUGAAGAACCAGCUGCUUCAGCGCAGUCUGCUGUCUGCUAUUCGCAUAGUGGAAUACAGAAAAAACUGAACAUGCUUGCAAAUAACAAGAGACACACCCUAAAGGAUAAGAACCUAGAAACAAAUUGUAUCCAAAACUGCUUAUAACUGGAAAGUCCUUACGGUAGCUUUAUGUAAGACUUCCUCUCAAUCUUCACCCCAUCUUUAACAGAGAAAAUUUGCACUGUACUGGCCCAAUUCACAGAGAAGUUGUACGGAUUAUGAAGUUUGCAUAUGUGAAGCAUGACUAAAGCUAUGCAUUAUUAUUUACUACUAUUAACAACUCCCAUUUUGCUCCUAUCUUUUGAAAUCUAUCAUCCAGAUCCUACAGUACAGUAUAAUCUUGAAGUUCCCAUUUUUUGUUUUCUCACAUAAAAUACACACCCCCUUCUUGAGAGGCAGGCAUAAUUGGAUAAAUCACAAACAUAUGUCUUGGUGCAAGUGUGAUGUACAUAUUUGCUGGGUCCUGCUGCAUACAGUACUUCAGGGAGUGCCUGCUCCCAAUUUGUUCAUCAGUUUUCUCACAGUAAAAAAAGCGGAGUAUGCAGAGGACGUUUCCUCAGGUGAGUUUUUUAAAUGCACACUUAUUUACUUGCAACCUCAAGUGCACUAAGCCAUCUAUGAUUGGCCAUGAUUAGCAUGACUUUUGUUCAUUAUGUAUACCCUCAUAGUUCCUGUGCUUUCUUUUGCCAUUUAGAAACAUAGCUGCAUGUUAUUAUUUCUUCUCUGUUACCAAUGUGGUUAAAAGUCACCAUGUCUUAUUCACCCCCAUUUAAAAGCAAAUUGACACCAGAGCACACUCUACUUCUAAUAUGUACUGUUUGCACCUGAUGAAAUCACAAACUGCUCAAUAAAGUGAUUCAUGGUUUAAAGAAAAUAUUAUACACACACACGUCUAAUGGUUGGGCUGCAACACUUUAUCAUUAGCCAUUUUCAGUGUUCUCUUCAUCAGCACAAACUACUUAAGUUUUGUUUGAAGCAUAAAAUGGGUAAGGGGUAAUCUAUGAAACACCUAGGGUUUACAUAUCCUUUACAUAUCCAUUUAUAUAUGCUGCCCCAUAACAUAACAAUCUCUAUAGGUUAGUUUAAUAUAACUGAAAUAUAUCAAUUUUAAAAACUAAGGGGGGAAAUGGAGAGGGGAGAUGAUGACAACAUGGCUUCCCACUUUGGGGGGCCCCUGAAAAGCCAAUUUCCUCCUGGUCACACAGCUCUUAAUUAGACUGCAUAAUAAUUUAAAAGAACAGAAAGGUAUUCAGUUGGUACCAAAAUACCCACCAAGAUGGCUUCAAGUUGGUCUCUCUGAGAAAAGCAUUCCAUACUAGGUACUACUACUGAAAAGCAACUUUCUUCAUCUGGAAGAGGCGAGGGCUGACCCAUGCAUGAGGCACGGUGAGGCAACUGCCUCAGGUGGCAGCAUCCAGAGGCAGCAAAUCCUGUUGAUUUUUCUUCCCUCUUUUGCUCCUUGGGUGCCAAAAUGUUUUGGCCCAGCCUGGGUGGAGGCACCCACAGUAUGCCU